AUGCACUGUAGCUUUAGGAGCCUUAGAAAGAGUUAUUGGGUGAGAAGAAUUUACGGACAGAAUUCUAAGAAUCAAGUGAAAAUGCCCGUCUCCUCUUCUGUUAGCACGCUAUGGUUCAGGCUCAAUGAAGUACAUAUCCCCUAUCAGAUUCAAGUAUAAGCUCACCCUUCUUAAAAAGAUAUGUUUAAUCCAAAGGAGCAUUAUUUCCCUCUACUCAUAUUUAAUAUGAUUGAUUGUUACAAAGCUAAUUGUCAUCAGUACAUCACAUAGCAUCUAAAGACACACAGCCACAUCAGGAAGGAUUUUUACAAGCUCAUAAAUACUGGUUUUAGAAGCAAUUCUAGCUCCCAAGCAAGGCUGGUACUUUAUCCUUCUAUGGUUGUUUUAGUCUUACCUCCAGUAAAUAUCUGGUUAGCCUAUACAUGAACAGGUGAUAAAAACAGGAUAGGUGGGAACAAGUAUAGUCUACCCUUUUACUUGGAAAAGAAGUUUGUAGGAUCAGUUUCCACUGCAGCAAGAAGGCUGGGCCUUUCUAACUGACUUAUAGAUCAGCUCGGCCAAUAGAGCAAGGGAUUCUGCUAGCAAGUGAAACACUUCAUCAAUUCAAAGCCAGCUGAAGCCCGUUGGAGUGAGGGAUGAACAGCAUCUAUCUGUACCACUGGCACAACUCUGUGUUUACUUAAUGCACAAAGACUGUUAUUGCUGUCUGCAGCAAUUUAAAUACCCUUAAUUCAAUCACUUGCUCAUUUUGCUCUCUAAGUACUGUUUUUAAAUUAAAGACACAUUUUGCUAAGGAACCCACAUGGAAUAAAGCAAGCAAACACCCUCCCCACCCCCCUAGUAUGCUCAGCAAACUUGUAGGCAAAAGCAGUACUUAAACUCUGAUCAGCCAGUUUUGUCACUGCCAGGGCUUAAAGCAACAUCAAGCAAACCAGGCCCAAAAAACAAGAGCUGUAAACUUCUGGCAGUUCAGCCUACAUUCAGAACCCCAAAUAGUAGGCUCCUGAUGCCUUUCCCAAAGGCAUUCCCGGCCGUGUUUGUCCAGCAACCCAUAUCUCAUGUUAUCUUUCAGGUUUACUCAAAGGCAGAGGAGUGCUGUUUUCCAAACCUGGAAGGGCAGGCUAAUGCUACAGAACAAAACCAAUCUUACUACUACUUUGUAAAUCUCAGAAAGAAAUGGGUGGUUAUGGGCUGAAUAACAUAUACACGUGUUCCUGCAAAACUGAGGAGCAGCACCAACAUUCCCCUUUCUGUGAGUGGCCACUAGACAAAUACAAUGUUUGCUUUUGCGAUAAGGCUGCACAGACAUUUUCCUCCAAGCUCUCUAAAUAAGAUCAGCAGGAUGAUAGAUGUGCUUUUACAGACAAGGAAGUACUUAUGUUCUGGUCACCUUAACAUGCCAUAUCUGGGAGGGGAGGAAAAAAGAUUGAUAGAGGUGGCUAAUUCCUCAAAAAUAAUAAUGUUCAUGUAUCCAAAAUAACAGACACACUAUCUUAGGUGAACAGCAGCUUCCUUUGUUUACAGGGCUCUUGUUCAGCAGUCAAAGACUAAUAUUUUAAUGGGUCAACUGAAAUACCAUACUUGUAUUUUAAUAGCAGUUAUAGGUUAAUUUACUGUGUUAAGAUCUAUAAUGAAGAUAAAGUACAAAACUUCAUUUUCACCAAUAUUAAAUUCAGGACAAUAUAAUGCAAUUGAAGCCUCAAGUCUUUCCAAAGUUUUCCAACAACAGCUGCGUAUUGAAAAGGCAAUAAUAAAAGACAACACUUCCACCUGCAGCAAGAGCAACUUCCAUGGAAUUCGAGAUAUCAGCGAUAAGCUGAAAGAUUCAGCUUAUUCCUUUGAGAGGGUCACGGAGCUGCCAGUUCCACAAAAGUAGCCUUAAAAACAUCUGGACUGUGGAGAUUUCUUUGAAAACAGUUACAUGUCACUGCUGAUCCCAUUCCAUAAUUGUUGAAAUACAGAUUUCAGUUCAGCAUGGCUGCAAGUUUGUUUUCGUUCAUCAAAGUAAAUUCACCGCUCAAGAGAAGACAGCUCCCAGUCUUCUAUACUUCAUUUUGAAGUCUUCUGUCAGGUAUGUGGCCAUAAGGAGAUGCCCACACCGCAGGGCAGAGGGACUGUGCCUGCUUUGUGAGGCAAAAGCUCAGUAGACUGACAGGGGGUAACAGCAAAAUCCGAGCUGGAAGUGCAGUAAGUAGUUAUACCAGUAUUCCCACAGCACCUGGGGGUAUCUAUCACCUGAGAUUAGAUCUUCCCUAAAUGCACUAAAUGCAUACAAGAGAUAAUUAAUGCUACUACAAGAAGACAACACAAACAUGCAAAGUAAGGUAGCAGGGAAGUACUCCUGUAGCUAUUUUAUAGAGAAUUAACUGAAGCACCUUAAUGAAUUUGCUCAAAGAUUGACAAGGGAAGCCUACAGCAGAGGGGCAGAAGCCAGCUCUCCUGCAUCCUAAUCCAGUGCACUGCUUACAGCAUCAUCCUUCCUACUACAAAAAGCGGUUCAAGUGCUUGCUGAGGACAGAAGCCAGUGAUGGCCACUGCUUGAACCAAGUUCGGCCUAGCAAGAGAAAAUCCAGAAUUAGUUCAUCUUGGAAGUGAUCAAAAAAGAGAGAGGUGGCAGUCCUUAAAUGCUGCCAGCAUUUCAACUCCACAUAUUUAUAAAGCAAUCUUUUCAGCUAAUGAUCACCCAAUAGCCUUACACAAAUGCCCACCAUGGUUAGCAGAGGAUCCCCAUCCCACAUGGCCAGGUAAGCCACCAAACUUUGUGACUGGCAGUCCUAAGCAGCACUGAAUGGCUCUGUAACCUCAAAGGGAGCCACUGCCUUGGAGGCCAGCUCUUGUCACCAUACUGCUCUCUCCCCUGGAUGGAGCCACACUCUUUGGUCUGCACAGCAGCCCGCGGGGACCUACCUGGACACCUGCUGCCGGGGCUGUGAGGGUCAUUAACACUCCACGUAGGAAUAGGAGGGCCUAUGGCCAGAUGGGUACCAUUAAAAGCAGGUUAUGCCCCACAAACAGGGAACACCAGAAGAAUUAUGCGUCUAAUAGUAGUACACUAAAACCUCGGCAUGAUGGUCUUCAAUACUGCUCGAUUUCCAUGCUAGCAGCCUGAAUGAAAUCCGAGUGUACCAGCUGAUAACCUUAAAACGACGCAGAGAAGCAUAAUCACUGCACAUGGCAAGUAACUUCCACUGGUAAAGACCAUCUUUAAAAGAAAAAUGGAUUUAAUAAACUCAACCGAACAAAAUGGUACAUCAGAAGAACUAUUCAGAUGGGUGACAUCCAAGAUUCUCAUUUCCAUUACCCUGUCUGUGCUUGCACUGAUGACAACAGCCAUCAAUUCUCUUGUGAUGACUGCAAUAAUUGUGACAAGAAAGCUCCACCACCCCGCCAACUACCUAAUCUGCUCUCUUGCAGUGACUGAUUUCCUUGUGGCAGUCCUGGUGAUGCCUUUCAGCAUUGUUUACAUUGUAAAGGAGACCUGGAUCAUGGGGCAAGUGGUGUGUGACAUUUGGCUGAGCGUGGACAUUACGUGCUGCACAUGUUCCAUCUUGCAUCUCUCUGCCAUUGCUUUGGACCGGUACAGAGCAAUCACGGAUGCUGUGGAAUAUGCACGGAAAAGGACAUCUAAGCAUGCUGGCAUCAUGAUUGCAGUGGUAUGGAUCAUAUCCAUCUUUAUCUCCAUGCCGCCUUUGUUUUGGCGGCACCAGACGACCAGCAGGGAUGACGAAUGCAUCAUCAAACACGACCACAUUGUUUUCACCAUUUACUCUACAUUUGGCGCCUUCUAUAUCCCGCUGGCCUUGAUUCUAAUCCUUUAUUACAAGAUAUACAAGGCAGCAAAGACAUUUCAUAGAAGAAGCGUCAGCCGGAUCGUAAGGGAGGAGGUAAAUGGACAAGUCCUUUUGGACGCAGGUGAAAGAAGCACCAAAUCAGCUUCUAUGCCCAGCACAGCAGAGAAGACAUCAGAUCCCCUGGUGAACUGUGAUAAAAUCAAUAUCACCCUACGAAGCCCCAGGUCUGAAUCUAAGCAUGAGAAAUCCUGGAAAAAACAGAGAAUCUCUAGCACAAGAGAGCGAAAGGCAGCAACUACACUGGGUCUGAUCUUGGGGGCAUUUGUGAUCUGCUGGCUCCCUUUUUUUGUAAAAGAAGUAGUUGUUAAUAUCUGUGAAAGAUGUCACAUCUCAGAAGACAUGUCUAAUUUCCUAGCAUGGCUGGGAUAUAUAAAUUCCCUUAUUAACCCCCUAAUCUACACAAUCUUCAAUGACGAUUUCAAGAAAGCCUUCCAGAAGCUUGUGCGGUGCAGGCAGUACCUUUAAGAGCUUUUGUUCAUAUAAGGAGAACAUACUUAUUGGUUUUUUAACCUGUAUAAAUUUAUAUAACUGAAAUGACAUUUGUUGUAUUUAAGGGAAAGCACCAGAACUCUGCAUUUACAUUAUGAUUCUUUUGUAUCCGUAGCACUGGAAGCAUAAAUUGCCCAAGUUUUAAAGAGAUGGAUCAUCUGGGGUCAGUUUUGCUCUGGAAAAAGAGGUAGCAUAUUGUGGCUCUGAUCCACUUGGGAUUUGCCCAGCUGCCUAGCUUAAAGUAUUACCUUAAAUAUGAAGGAAAUACACACUUGAAGUAGACAAAGAAACAAAAUUAAAAAAAAAUAAAAUAAAGUAACCCUCAGUCAUCAGUGAAAUUUAAGUAAAACAACACACAGCUUUUAAAUCCAAACCGCAAAUAAGAAGAUAUAAAAUACACCUUGCAAUUAAGACAUGAUUUUAUUAGUCUGGCACAGGUCUCCAGCACAGAGCCAAGCCAUUCCCAGCGAAAGGUAGUAGCUUGAAACAUAUCUAGCAUCAUCCUACAUUGAUUAGCUGAGUGCAGCUGCAGCACUUGCUGCCUUCUGUAGCUGAAGAACAUCCCUGUGUUACGUCCUCGCAGCACCCCAGCAGCCAGCAAGGUGAUUUCAUGGGUUACCAGUUUCAUAGCAAGCCAGUUGCCCAGCCCCAACAGACGCGGGCAUAGCCCCAGGGGAAACAGCCAGACAGUCUGGGGCACCUCCAGGGAGCCUUGUGCCUGGUGCUCUGAGACACUGCUUCAGCUGGGACUAGCCAGGGUAAGCACAUGAAGAGCAGCUGGUCGUCCUUAUGGAGAUGUUAGAAGGGAGAGAAACAUAAGACACUCCUUGGUUCAUGUCCUCAUCCCAACCUCACAGACCUGGCCAGGCACAGCCCCUGUGACUUUCAGCACCAAAGCCAGCCACAGAUUGUGCCAGGGGCCCCAGCGCAUGGCUGAGCGUGGGUGGCUUAGUGAGGUUUGGUUGAGGGACGCCUAAUGAAGAACUUGGGCUGACAGCUCUGGCUAAUUCUGUGUUCAGCCCUCCAUCCCCAGAAGCCUGAUAUCCCCAAGUCUUUUCUUGACUGCCUCAAGCACUCGACCCGUGCACCCUUGGAAAAGGCUGUGCACAUGGAAAGAUUCCAAGCAUGUGAGAAAGCAGAGACUGGCCACGGUGCUGGCAGCAUGGGUCUCUGGAAAAGGCUGUGCCACAGCUUCUGCAUUAAGGGCAGAGGGAAGUGACCUCUGUAUGCAGCGCACACCUGGGCAGGGGAUCCUGUGUGAUGCUCACUGGUUGGCACCUCUAAGCGCCUCCUUCCCACAGAGCAUCUACUCCAUGCCCCUAGUCAGAGCAGAGCUAAAAAGACCUUGUAGGCACUCCAGCUGGUUCAGCCAAAGAUAACUGCAACGAACAGACCUCUUUGUGCGCUGCCUCCUAAGGCCUCAAAGGCAGCACCCUGGCCAACCUUGAUUUACAAGCUCUAGAUGCCAAGCCACAGUGCUAAGGAGUGCAAAUGCAGCCCUUGCCUCAAAACCAGCAGCGCAGUGUUGCUGACAGCUAAGGGUACUAACAGAGCAUUUGCCCCUGCGUGCAGAGGAGUCGCUACGAGCCACACAAAAACCCAGCAACAGGGUUUGCACUUUUCAGGACAGAUUCAGGCUGCAUCACUAAGACCCUGGCUUUGAAUUCAUUGCCAGCCAUUCAGUGCUGUCCAGCAGCAACAGGGACUUGAGGCUCCUUACAGGAACUACAAACCCUGCUGUGAGCAGCAGCAGCCUCCUGCAAAAGCACUCUGAUUUGGCACAUGGGCCAGCAGCUGCUUAGGGACAUCACAAAGAAGCUGAGCAUUCGGGAAAGGUAUCACUGGUCUUCGCAGUUAUUCUUCCAAGUGGUUUGUGUUAGACGAGAAAACCCAGAAAGAAGCCAUCACCGUUAUUUCUGUCUCCCCCUCUCCCUCCACUGUAUUACAAACUCUGGAGUUCAAUAAUUUUUGCAUUUUCCCCACUAGCUACCAGCUGACACAACAGCUGCCAGAGAUGUUUCUUGCAAGGUGACAAGGUUUGAAACCUGAAAUAUUGAACUAAUUUGUUUCUGUCACUUGCGACUUGCUGUAUUCUGCUUUCACAUCAAGGUCCAAAUGAGAUGCUAUUCAGAAGUACUAGAAAUGGUGCAUUUGCUUUACUGUUGAUUUUAACCCAGCCAGGAAUCUAAUGGAAAGCUCACCUGUCAUACCGUGUAGCUCUAGCACAGCGGUAGCACAGUUAAAUUUUGAAGAUACUAGGAUGCGACAGAAUGGAAUUUGGCUCAUGCUCAGUGCAAGCUAUCACACGUUACUACCAUUGCAGUCAGAGCACAACCUCUGCAGCCCCCGCGGCUGUGGCAAUGGCUGCAUUAUGCUGAAAGAAAGACUGCUUUAAAAAUCAGCUGUGCUCUACUGUCUCUAGAAAAAGCUAUGGAAUUCAGCUUUCUUAAAAGGAUUAGCAGAUUAGCAGAAGACAGCAAAGGAAACCCCACUGAAACAUUUAAGAUUGAAGACCUCCGUUUCCCACGUUUCCUGAGUACUGAGUCAUAACAUUGGAUAUCCAAGGGCAGGACUUCCUCUCCCCCUGCUUCUCCCUUUAUGACUGCUGGAGGGUAGAGUAUAUUGUUUAUCCUCUUACACUUACGAAGUUUGACAAUAUCUUGUGAAAUCAAAUUAGAAAUAAAAAUAGGGGUUGCUUUUGAGGAGAAAAGAUACUUAAAAUACAUUUAAAUAAUAAUGGUAAAGCUGAAAGAAUGGAACAGUAUGUAGAUAAACAGAGGACAGCUAUCAUUUAUGCACUGUUAACAGUAUUAUACUCUGAAUCUAAUUAAGCUGCUAAACAUUUCUCAAGAUGCAGGGUGGUCGCUUUUGUAUCAUUUUCACUGAGCUGUAUCUGCUCACCCUUCAAUGCCCCAGUGGUGGAAGAUGCAACUACAAGAAAUCAAAGCAAACGAGUGGGUAGUUAUCCUAUUAAAAGCACUUGCGGCUUGUGGACCAUCA